AUGUGUCUAGAAUUGCAUGCAGUGACCAAUCGUGGUUGUGCUUUUGUGUCUCUUGCCGAUUUCCGUUGCGACACCUCAACACUUCUAAACGACCGCGGUCUGCCGUCCAAGGGCGGACGUAUAAUCGAGCUACCAGCGGAACUGCAGUGCACCAUCGGCGUGGUCUACUCUCCCCUGCCGGGUCAACAAUGGCACUUUGGUGAACUGCAACUGCGCGUCGACAGCCCCAGCCGUGUUCAUUCUAAAGUGAGCGCCACCUCUGUCGCUUUGCGUCCUUUGCCGUCCCCCCCCCACUAUUAUUAA